AUGACGUAGGCAGAAGCUGGGGGUAUCGCGAUGCUACUCGAGAAGAGGGUUUUUUUCUGUGUUAGUUCUGUUACCUCGUAAGCUGUGUUCCUGGUUGCCAUCCUUCACGUGAUGCUCCGAGUGUUAAGUUCAUGACUGGAAACUGCUGGCAACACUGAGCAUCUAGGUGGCAAUAAAACAGCUGGCGGUGACAAUCCAGCAAAGUGGAAGCCUGUUGUCCUCCUUCCUGUAUCCUGACCGAUACACCAUCUUGUUAGCUGCUGAACCUAAAAGAACUAGCCCUCACCAAGUACUCCUCAACAUUGGUCCUUCGAGCCGGAGCAGCUAUCAAAAUGGAGCCAGAUGGAGCGACAUGUCCUGAUGCAAGGCCUAAACGCCAUACACGUCGACCAAGCCGGUUUGAGGACUUUGAUGUUAACUAUACAGGCCACCUCUUUAGGGAAAUGCUGCAGUGGGAUACCCCACAGCCUCACACAAGAAGCGACAGAGUUCAGCCUCAGUAUAGUCAUACGCCACCCCCCUACAGCGACAGGGAUGGGGCCUAUUACAAUACACCCCCUCCACUGGGAAGAAGUGAACAAGAUGUGGACCUUAAUAGGAGCCUCUCACCUGAAUUUGCACCUUCCAAUUGGCCAGGGUCUUCAAUACACACAUUUCAUACAGAAUUCAGAGCCUUGCAGGCCGAAAGAGAGCAGCUACUCCAAUCACAGCAAGUUUUACAGGAGGGCCUCAAAGAACUGAAGGAAGCAAAGAGUGACCUCAGAGAGCUGAUCGAAGUGGCUCACCUGCUAAGGAAGGAUAUGGCUCAGCUGACUGUCUCACAGCAUAGCACCAGUCAGCCCCCCAAACGCGGUUCAGGAGAGGUAUACACCACCCCUGAGACAAUGCCACAGGAGGAGGAUGAGGAGGUGUGGCCCGACCCACCGCCAUGGCCUGAGCCGAUGGAAGAGUUGCACACGGGAUUCUCCCAAAUGAAGGUUGACGAACAAUACUCCGAUGAUGGUGUACAGUACCACCCUCUACCCCGCACACCAUAUUUCGCUGGUGAGCCUUCGCUGCCUAGUCAUCGCUGCACCCUAUAUCAGGACCCUGUGGUUAAGGAUGGAAAUACGUUUCAUGCCCCUCCACAACACUCUGUGCCACCCCCCUGCUGGGCACCAAGUAAGACAGGUUUGCUCCCAACCAAGCCUGUUCCAGCCAGUUCCCCCUCUCUUGUCACUGGAGUAACCAGUGGGCACGGCAGCAACCCAUCUGCUCCUCUUUCGGCUGAGCUAGUGUACAGGGGCCCCAAACCAACCAUUCCAAGGUUCAUUCAUUCUGAUCCCUCUGAGUUUGCUAGGCUCCGCAUGGCUUUAGAGAACCUACUCCCUCCUAAUGCUACUGAGCUCUUCAAGUAUCAGAUACUUGUGGACCACCUCAAACUAGAUGAAGCUCGACUUAUUGCCGAUGCUUACCUGAACUCACCCAAGCCUUAUACUGACACCAUGGCAGCCCUCCACGACAAAUUUGGACAACCUCAUCAGCUCGCCUUGAGAAAGAUAGCAAGUGUCCUGGAUGGUCCUGAAAUAAGGCGAGGUGACACAGUAGCCUUCCAAAGGUUCUCCCUUCAGGUGCAGUCACUAGUUGGGCUGUUACAAACAUUAGGACUGGAAGGAGAAGCGGAGUUGAACUGUGGGUCCCACGUUGCCCGACUAAUAAGUAAGCUUCCUGCCGAACAGAGAGCUGAUUUUCGUCGACACCAGUUUAAACAGCCCGGGAGCACCUACACUCUGUACGACCUAUCUGCAUGGCUUCGUCAGGAGUCCUGGUGUCAAGGAUUUGACGGCCAAGCAGGUGUAAGAAGCAGUAGAGAAAGGACCAGUGUAAAGGCUGAGGCCCGUCCAGGCCGACAAACCGUGACAGUCCUACAUAACCUAAAGGGGCCAUCAGAACACACCUUUCCACCAGUGAAGGAGAGUCGAGCUAGAGGGAAGGUUAAGAACAAAGCCUACUGUGCCUACUGUGAGAGCACAGAACACUAUUUCAGCCAAUGUGAUGAUGUAGCCAAGCUCUCCAAAGAGGAAAUAAAGGACUGGAUACAGGUCAACAAACGAUGCUGGCGCUGUGCCCGAACUCAUUUAGCUGCUCAGUGCACACUAAAGAAACCCUGCAGCCGCUGCCAGGGUAAACAUCUGCUGGCUCUUCACGAGGUAAAUGCCAGGACAGAAGGAAACAACGCUGGCAUGGCUGCAAAGGAGGAAAGCUGCCUAACCAGUUCGGCUUCGGGCUCACUCUACCUUGAUCGCCAUGGGGCCAGCAAUCGUGUCAUGCUGAAGAUUGUACCUGUGCUUUUGAGCCAUGGAGAGCGGACUCUAGACACCUAUGCUAUACUUGAUGACGGUUCAGAGAGGACCAUGCUGCUCCCUGCUGCUGCAAAGACUCUUGGUCUGGCAGGCAUCCCGGAGGACCUGCCAUUACGAACCGUCCGCCAAGAUAUUCAGAUGCUUCAUGGACAUACCGUAUCCUUCAGCGUCUCUGCUGCUACCAACCCUGGAUCCUACUACAAGAUUGAUGGAGCGUUUACAGCUGAUCGUCUCAACUUAGCUCACCAUACCUAUCCUAUCAACCAGCUGAGAAGGAAGUACAAAUACCUGCAUGGGAUCCCGGUCCCUGCCCUGAAGGAAGCCAAGCCUCUGCUUCUCAUUGGUUCAGACCAGCCACACCUGAUCACCCCCAUAGAACCAGUCCGCCUCGGCCCACCUGGAGGCCCAGCAGCAGUCCACACCCGGCUUGGCUGGACCCUUCAAGGGCCAAGUCUUUUCAUGGGGCGGCAGACCCAGCCUGUCCUAUCCCUGUAUACAUCCGCCCAAUCCGACGAGUUGCUCAAACAUGUGGAGCGGCUCUGGCAGGUGGACGUGGUGCCUUACCGAUCCGAGAAAGAGGUCACUCGGUCGAAACAGGAUCAGCAGGCUGUGGCCCUGCUCGAGGCAAGAACAACUCGCAGGAAGGUCGAUGGAGUCUUCAGGUAUGCUACACCUCUACUCCGUCACCCACAGAUGCCGCCACUGAAUGCACCAAAGGAAUCAGUCAUGCCCAUGCUUCGAAGCACAGAAAGGCGCCUGUUAAAGGAUCCCAGUCAGGCUGAUGCCUACAGGGCAGAAAUGCAGAAGCUGAUCCAAUCAGGAGCCGUGAAGGAAGUUACGCAUGAGACUUCGCCCAAGGAGAACUGGUACAUACCGCAUCAUCUUGUCAGUCAUAACGGGAAGAAUCGCCUGGUAUUUAACUGUUCCCAUAAAUACCUUGGACAGUCCCUGAACCAGUUCCUGUUGCCUGGCCCUACUCUUGGAGCUUCCCUGCUGGGGGUGCUGGUCAGGUUUCGUGAACACCCCAUAGCUGUGAGUGGAGACAUCAAGGGGAUGUUCCAUCAGGUACUGCUCCUCCCUGAAGACCGGCCCCUGUUGAAGUUCCUUUGGCGGGACUUAAAGGUGAAUGAACCCCCUAAAAUCUUCGAGUGGCAGGUCCUGCCAUUUGGGACAACUUCAAGCCCCUGCUGCGCCACCUUCGCCCUGCAGCAUCACGUGAUGGAGCACACACAGCCUGACGACAGCCUGAGAUUCUCCAUCGAGAGGUGUUUCUACGUAGACAACUGCCUACAGAGUGUUGGCUCACCGGAAGAAGCGAGAGAUCUGGUGGAUCGGCUAAGAGAGUUGCUGAAAUCAGCUGGCUUCGAGCUACGUCAGUGGGCUUGUAAUGAUCCAAGUGUCCUGAGCCAUUUGCCUCCAGAAGCUAGAUCACAGAGUCUGGAUCUGUGGCUAGCCGAGGACAAAUCCAACCCGCUAGAGACCACGCUCGGGCUCAGCUGGGACUGGAAUACCGACUCCUUGGGUUAUAAGCACAGGCCCGUGUCCUAUGAGGUGCCAACCCUCAGAAACAUCUAUAGAGUCCUAGCCUCACAGUACGACCCUUUGGGCUAUCUGUUACCCUUCACCACUCGGGCCAAGCUCCUCCUCAGGCAGUUAUGGGAUAAGAAGCAUGGUUGGGACGACUCGAAUCUUCCCUCCACCCUCCUGCAAGCUUGGUCUGACUGGGAGGUAGAGCUUCAGUUUUUACCUCACCUUACCUUCCCACGUGCCUAUGUUCCUGCCAGUGCUAACUUAAAGGGGGCCAUUCGUGAGGUGCACAUCUUUGGGGAUGCUUCUGAGAAAGCUUAUGGAGCGGUGUCUUAUAUGAGGACUGUAGAACAGGAUGGGCAAGUUCACCUCACUUUCAUCCUAGCUCGCUCCCG